GAGAGUGAACUCCGAGGUCUUUUAGAGAAGGGAGAUCACUCAUUGCUUCUGUCCUGAGAAGAUUGUCUCGGUGUCAAACACAAGCAGACGAUAUCCGGACAAAGUUCAGGUUCCAUUCUGGCUUCCUGAUUAAAAGCCACUGCUAAUUAGUAAGGAAUUGAGACAUCAAAAGCAUCAAAGAACAUGGCACCUCGAGUGGCUGUUGUUACUGGGUCUAAUAAAGGCAUUGGCUUUGCUAUAGUCAGGGCCCUUUGUAAGGAGUUUAAAGGAGAUGUGUAUCUUACAGCAAGAGAUGAGAACCGUGGACAGGAUGCAGUGAAGCAGCUGAACAAUGAGGGUCUGAGUCCCAAGUUUCAUCAGCUCAAUAUUGACGACAAUAGCAGCAUUGAGCGUUUGCGAGACUUUCUGCAAGAUACUUAUGGUGGCUUAGAUGUACUGGUGAACAACGCUGGCAUUGCUUUCAAGAUGGAUUCAACAGCACCCUUCUCUGAACAGGCUGAAGUAACCAUCAAAACUAAUUUUUGGAGCACACUAAAUGUUUGUGACAAACUGUUUCCAAUAUUGAAGCCCCACGCAAGGGUGUGUAAUGUGUCUAGCUUGGUGUCUCAAAUGGCAAUAGGAAAGUGCUCUCCUGAGCUAAAGGCAAAGUUCAAAGCCAAACUUACAAUGGAUGGACUUAAGAAACUAAUGGAGGAAUUUGUCAGUUUGGCCAAGGAGAACAAACAUGAGGCUGCAGGAUGGCCUAACACAGCCUAUGGUGUGAGCAAAAUUGGUGUCACUGUCAUGUCCUUCAUCCAGCAGAAGGAGCUUGAAGGAAGAGAAGACAUUAUUGUUAAUGCAUGUUGCCCUGGUUAUGUAGCCACAGACAUGUCAAGCUUCAAAGGACACAAAACAAUUGACCAAGGUGCUGAGACUCCUGUGAUGUUGGCUCUCAUUCCUCCAGGUGCAGCCUCUCCUCGUGGAAAAUUCCUGUCAGAGAAGACGGUUCAAAACUGGGGCUAAAUGCACUUGAUUAUUUUUACACUUAAGAUUUUUAAAAUGAAAGUUUUAGUAUAUAAAUAUAGUGGUAGGGGAGUGUAUUUUUUCAGAUGUGAUUGCUUUUAUUCUGGUCACAUUAUAACAGAAAAGAGAAAUCCCUAAUUAUUUAAAAGACCAAAUAUGGUAGAUAUAUUAUGUAAAGUCUGCGAAAGGAAUUUAAACUUUUUAAAGAAUGUUUGCAAAGUUUGGUUUCUUUUACAUGAUAACCCUCAAGGACAUGUGGACAGCAUUAUAUCCGUCUGUGUUGAAGCUGUGUUGCUUUUCCUUGCUAGAUCAAAAUGUUUGUUUAAAAUCUUUUUGGAUGGCUCAUAAAUGUACUUUUUGUUAUUAAGAGCUCAUUAUAUAGUACAUUAAUCAUGUUCCAUGUCAAAAUGUUUCACAUGUUAAGGUGCUGUUACAGUUUUUACAAUUAGUACUUUAAAAAAUGUUUUUUCAAGUCAGAUUUUCCACAACGGAAACAAAUAAUGGUUUAGAGUUCAUGUGUAUACAAACUGUUUAUAUCCAUUGUUUUUAUAACUGUUUACAGACUUUCUUAUGCACAUUACAACUAAAAUCAGGGUAUUUGUCUUUUCUCUGCAAUUUGAUUGCAACAGUCAUAUGCUUCUUUUAAGCAGGCUCUCGCAGCUGAAGUCAAUAUAUUUUUUUGUUUUAUGAUCUAAAAUGCAUAUUUUGGCAGUUUUAUAUUGCAUAGCUAGACUAUGGUUUGAGAUGAUCACCAUAGGAACACUAUGCAUAAUACUGUCUAUUCUUUACUGAAGUUUUGUCAGCCUUUUAUUUUUUGAUGAGUAAAAACCAGAUGACAUUUUGAAAAGUUGUUUGAUGGAUGAA